CUACCCAGUAAAAGGUUGCGUGAACAAUUCCAUAGCAACCGCACUUUUUAUUUCCACUUCUCUCAAACGGCAAUAACGUUAACUUAUCACUUUUGUGAUAUCUGUUUAUAGUGACGAGAAGCUUUUAAUCAGGCUUUUAGUUGUUUGUUUUUGUCGUCGAACUGUCGAAGUUUUAUUUUGUUGGAAACAUUGCAUGAGAAUGCAGUCCUCCAAGUUUGUCAUAAAGUGUGGGAAUUUCGCUGUGCUGGUGGAUCUUCAUGUAUUGCCCUUAGGCAGCCAAGAUAAUGCCAGCUGGUUCUCUGCGGAGCACAGGAAGGAAGUGGGCUCUUUGAUAAGAGAUUCAGUGGAGCAGAAGGUGAGGCAGUUUCAAGAGGCCAGAUACCAGAAGAUCCAGCCCAAACCGAGGAAAGAUCUCACCCUGAACACUCCGCUCUGUCUUGAAGGUGAGAAUGUUCGCGUGGAGGUGUACUUCAUGAAACGACACAUCAACCUGAGGUGCAUUGUCAGGCAGCACUACCGAGAGUUGCGUGUAUUUCCUGAACGUGUUGUUGUGUGUGCCAGUCCUCCGGAGAAUGCUGUACUUCCCAAUGGAAAUCUGAACCAGGAUGCGACUCAACAAAGUGGACAAAGCAAGUCAAAGUAUUUUUCCAGUCCCGAUGAAACCAAAGAUCCGUUACCCAGCUCGACAGCCACAAAAAGGGCUGUCCUUCAAAAGAUUGCCAGGCAGGCUAACACCCAGGCACGACAGCGGAGAGAUGAACAAGUAUCUGCUCAGCCUCAGGUUGACACCGUGACCGGAGAAGGGAACUGCCCUGCAUUGGUUUCAUCUGAGUGUUUGUUUGGUGCAGAGGACAUAAAAGCUGCAUCACUACCUGAAUUGACUAAAAACGAUAAAGAGGUGAGUGAGGGUGCAAAAAGCUUUCAAAACACCAAAAACCACUUAAAGCAGGUCUGUCCAGACACCAAACCAUGUCCUACUAGCGUGAAGAGGAAACAACAAACCCCUAAUUACACUGAAAACCAGAAAGCAAAAAGAUUGCGUCUUGGAGAGGUUACAAUAUCGAGCGAUUCCAACAAGCCAUCUUCUGACAUCCCCACACAAGCCUUCUCACGCAGUUCCCAUGGUGUAGCCCAGCCAGAGAUCAGACUGGAAGAGGAGGUGCUUACAGAUGGAAACAGUACCGCCGCGCAGACUAACCAGAGCAGGCUGGCCGCAAGGCUGAGAGGCCAAUCCGCCAAGCCCGUGUCCUCUGGCUCUUCUAUUAGUUCCAGAUCGGCCGCCAGAGAGGAGAGGAGGGGGAGCGCGCCCAGAACAUCCCGAUUACGCCGACUCAAGAAGUCCUGAGGGACAUGGCAACAAAGAAUGGGAGCGGAUAUCUGACGCCACCAAGAUGGAUGCUACUGUACACUGUUGUACCGUAAUGCAGUCUGUCAGCACUGGUUACACAAGCACCGAGUUCACAACACACAGUCUCUCACGCAUGCUUAAAGGAACAGAUCACCCCAAAUAAAAAUUCUGUUAUUAUUUCAUCUUCAUGGUUGUUUCAAAACCCGUAUCACUUCCUUUUUUGUGUGCAUUUUUGAAGAAUAUUCUCGGUUGGACAGGAUAUAAUGAAAUAUAAUAAAAGUGAAGUGAUAGUUCACCUAAAAAUGAAAUUUCUGUCAUUAUUUACUCACCCUCAUGUUGUUCUGUAUGAGUUUCUUUAUUCUGUUGAACACAACAAAAAGAUAUUUUGGUAAGCAGGAUGGCGGCACCCAUUGACU